GUGUCGAUGGAUUUCCGUUUUGAAUAUGGCGAAACAUCAUCCCGAUCUGAUUAUGUGUCGAAAGCAACCUGGAGUUGCAGUUGGAAGACUUUGCGAAAAGUGUGACGGGAAAUGUGUUAUUUGUGACUCAUAUGUUCGUCCCUGUACACCUGUUCGUAUAUGUGACGAGUGCAACUACGGCUCUUUUCAGGGUCGUUGUGUCAUCUGUGGUGGUGUAGGAGUAUCGGAUGCUUAUUAUUGUAGGGAAUGUACUAUCUUGGAAAAAGACAGAGAUGGCUGCCCCAAAAUAAUCAACUUGGGAAGUGCCAAGGCUGACCUGUUUUAUGAACGGAAAAAAUAUGGUUUUAACAAGCGUUAACAUACCCAUCUUAUCACAGGCCCUCACUCGAUGGCAACUUGAGAUCUAAAAAAUGGCAACUGCUGUAUUCUCCUUUCUCCCGAGUGUAUGUAUGUCUUUUUCCU